UCGAGAAGGCUUGAAGUCUUCACUAGACGACAGUCAGUGUUAUAAGACGACACUUAACACGGGUUAUAACAACUUUCUCCCGGCUGUAGGAGAAACAAUUGCGUAAACAUUUGGGAUUGCGACUCCGGCUGCAGAUCCGGACCACAACAACACCCCCCAACAAACAAGUUCGGCUCCAGGAACAAUAACAAGGAAACACCCAGGAGGGAUAUCACAAAUCUUUUAGUUUUAAAAUCAACCCAGGCAUAUUUUGCAGAAGAGCACCACCCUGUUAGGUAAUCCAACCCAGGAUGAUGACCCAGGAGGACAUGGACUAUGAAAAUUACACAUAUGAAUACAUGGAAUAUGGAUAUUUGGAGGAGUCCAAUGCUGAAGGUUAUACUCAGAGAGAAGCUCUUCACAUUAUAUCAGUGAUCAUCUACAGUCUGGCGUUUACUCUGGGUGUGAUUGGGAAUGGAAUGGUUAUCUGGGUGACUGCCUUCAAAAGCAAAAGGACUGUGAACAGUAUUUGGCUACAGAAUCUGGCCAUGGCCGACUUUGUGUUUGUGCUUUUUUUGCCAUUCUCCAUUGACUAUGUGCUGCGAGAUUUUCAUUGGCUCUUCGGAAAGCCGAUGUGCAAGCUGAACUCCUUUGUCUGCACCAUGAACAUGUAUGCCAGUGUGCUCUUUCUGACCAUCCUGAGUCUGGAUCGCUACGUCUCACUGGUCCACAUGAAUUGGUCGGAAAAGUUCCGCACCAAACGGCGGGCCUGGUUGCUGUGUGCACUGAUUUGGAUCACUUCCUGUUGUUUAAGCUGUCCGACCCUGAUAUUCCGAGAUACAAUCCAACAUAAUGGGAAGAUUGUAUGUUUUAAUAACUUUCACGAUAAGAGUGGCCACAUUUUGGCGAUAAGACACAUUGCCAUGGUAUCACUGCGCACCGCCGUGGGCUUCCUCCUUCCGUUCGGCACCAUCAUGGUGAGUGGCAUACUACUAGCUUUGAAGAUGCGGCAGUCCAACCCUGUACGUUUGUCCAGCUUCUCCCGAAUGGUUUCUGCUGUGAUCCUCGCCUUCUUCUUGUGCUGGGUGCCAUUUCACACCUUUAGCCUCAUGGAAUUGACUAUGCACCAUACCACCUACCUGCACUCAGUGCUCAUUGUGGGCUUUCCCCUUGCCACCAGCCUUGCCUUUUUCAAUAGCUGUGUGAACCCAAUCCUGUAUGUACUGCUAACCAAGAAGGUGAGGAAACUUGUGAAGAGGUCAUGUUUGAGCUUCACCAAGAGCUCGCUAAGAGAGCUGAGUCAGUCCGUGUCGGCUACUGAAUUAGACUCAGAACUACUCAGCUGCUCUCCAGAAGAACCCAAUGCUAACUCAUCUGUCUGAAAAGAUCAGCAUUUUGCAAAACUUCAUUGCAUGGUGAAAAGUAUGCAGACACCACCUUCUAAUUCCAGGCCCCUUCAUUUCAGUAAAGACAAAUCUUAAUGCUUCGCCAAUCAAUAACAUUCUAGAGUAGUGUUUCCCAAUCAUGUUUCUGGAGUAUCCCCAACAAUGAACUUCAUUAUCCCAUUUACACCUAGUAUGAAAGGAAUAUUCGGGGCUCAAUACAGGUUAAGCUCAAUUGACACAUUUUUUUGCAUAACUACCAAAAAUAAUUUUGACUCCUUUUCUUAAAAAAAAAAAAAAAAAAGCGAUAUUCUGGGUUACAGCGAGGCACUUACAAUGGAAGUGAAUGGGGCCAUUGUCGCACUGUGGCAGUGAUGAGCGGGUGUGGAAGAGACAGCGCGUGCACGUUUAAGUGACAAAUCGCGCACAAACUGUACGCUACGCUCGUGCAGACUGACGCUGCACUCAGGUUAUAGUUUAUAAUCAGAUUUAUAUUAAUUGACUUUGAAGUUGAAUUCAUUCAUUUGCUGUUUCUUUUCCUCUAUAACGGUCCAGUAACUUAACAAUACUAAGAAUUACCUUAAAGGCAUGCACGUUAAUAACUUUAUGUUAUGACAACAUCACGCGGGCCACUAAAAUAUGGUUUGCGGGCCGCCUGUUGAGUACCAUGUCUUUAAACCCUCCAAAAAUGGGCCCCUUUCACUUCCAUUGUAAGCACCUCACUGUUAAAUCGAUUUUUUAUUUUUUUAAUGUAAAGGAUGGAUCACUCAAAUAAUAUUUUUGUGGCAAUCAACAUUAUGCCACAAAGGCUGUUGAUUGACCUUCACUUGUAUUGAACCCGGAAUAUUCCUUUAAGGUGCGUUUUUGAUGAUCCGAUCACAUAUGGUCAGGUAAGGCACAUUGCUGUUUACACUUGGUUUUACCAUGAAUCUCAAAUGAGUCUCCUGUUACCAUUUGUGUUCGGAUUUCAAGGGGAGGGUCUCUGAUUUCAUGACGUCAUACAUCAGUCACUAUGUCAAUGUGUUGCUGCAUGAUAAUUUAAUCUAAACACAAAAGCAUAAUUUUGAGGUGAAUUCUCUGUCAUUUUAAUGGAGUACUUGAGUUAGCUGAGCUUCAAAAGUUUGCACUUCUCAUCAGUGUCACUGCAUGUUGAUUUCUGUAUAGAGAGAGAUGGAUUACAUCUGUCCGAAGAGAGAAAGAUACCAAAUUUAUUGUCACUACCUCACCAGCUGCAUUUGAAAUACCAUUGCAGCAGUUGUGACUAGUUUGCUGGAUUUUUUAAAUUUAUGCCAGGGUAAUAUAACACAAAGUAAAGUGAUAUAAAUAUAUUAAAUAAGUAAAUAUAUAUAUAUAUAUAUAUAUAUAUAUAUAUAUAUAUAUAUAUAUAUAUAUAUAUAUAUAUAUGCUAGAUUUACACUGCUUAUUUAAGGCAGAAAUAUGUCAUUUAAAUCUGUGGCUGCAUCUCAUCUAGCUCCCUAGCUCCAUAUAUUGUGAAUCAGUAAAUCAUGAACACAAAUUCGGACACUGACAAGUUUUAUUGAUCCACUUAAAGGGAUAGUUCCCCAAAAAUGAAAAUUCUCUCAUUAUUUACUCACCCUCAUGAUAUCCCAGGUGUGUAUGACUUUCUUUCUUCACCAGAACCAGAAAAUAUCUUAUCUCAGUAGGUCCUUAAAAUGCAAGAGGAUGGUGAUUCGAUUUUUGAAGCUCCAAAAAUCACAGACAGUCAGCAUAAACUUCAUCGAUAUGUCUCCAGCAGUUAAAUGAAUGUCUUCUAAAGUGAUACGAUUGCUUUUGGUGUGAAAAAGAUAAAUAUUUAAGUACUUUUUAACUUUAAAUCAUCGCUUCUGUUAGAGAGGGUUGUGUUCAAGCGGUCUCUCAUGUGACGUAUUGCGUUGCCAUGUUACGGAUGUAAACUCACUUUCUCCUCUCGGUUGAGACAUCCAGGAUGAGCACACAAACACCCCAUUGUGAGUAAAGAAACGGAUAAAUACAGAUCUAAACAAAAACCAACCAAGCUUCUGUACAGUGUUCCUCCUUCUCGCUUGUAAACAGCGCUGCUCUUCCAGCUGUGACUCACGUGCCUCAGUUCUCGCAUUUCAAAUGCCAAUGCAAUUACGUGACGUGCAUACCACUGCAGAAUGGAAGCAUGAUUUAGAGUUAAAAAAUAUUUAUCUUUUUCGCACCAAAGGCGAUCGUGUCGCUUUAGAAGGCAUUCAUUUAACAGCUGGAGUCAUAUGGGUGAUGUUUAUGCUGACUGUCUGUGAUUUUUAGAGCUUCAAAAAUCGGAUAACCAUAUUUUUCUAAUUUUCUUAAAAUGUGUUUGUGACGAGGAGGAGGGCGGGGCCGGGCCGUGAGUGCGCACUGCCGGCCCCCAGUCGGGCUAAUCAGCCGAGGAGAGGGAUAAGGAUGACCCAGAUGCGGCAGUUCGGGAGAGAGAGAGCCACAUGCAGCUGCCGUGUGUGUGUUUAUGUUUGUGUUUUUUGUUUAAGUUUUCAUUAAAAUAUUAUUUUGAUGCUUCGUCCAGUUCCUGCCUCCUCCUUGCCCAUUUUAACCAUGUUACAGUGUUCUAGUGAAGAAAGACAGUCAUAUACACCUGGGAUAUCAUGAGGGUGAGUAAAUAAUGAGAGAAUUUUGGAUUUUUGGGUGAACUAUCCCUAUACAUUGGGAUGCUCAUGACUCAGGGUGCCUCAAUCAGCUCCCUAGCUCCCUAUAUUGUAAAAAGGUAUAUCAUGAACACAUAUUCAGGCACUGGCAUGGGUUAAUAACAACACAGGUGUGUAUAUUUAUUGUAUAAACAGGAGUGAUUUUGCGAAUGCAACAGCCCUAGAAACUGCCAAUUCCCUGGUCAGUGCCCUGACUACUGAACUAGGGAGCUUAUUGAGACCCUGUGAAAAGGCUCCAUUCAGAAGUGCAAUUCGAGCUAACAAGCUGAUGACAUUUAAAUAGGAAUCCAUGUGGUCUUGGGGGUUCUUCAGGUCCAGGAUUGAGACACUGGUCGAGAAUUGUGUGCUUCUAAAACAGUGCAGCAACGGUUUGGUCAGGGCCCUUUUCUGUUCCAGCAUGACAGUGCAUCUGUACACAAAACAAGGUCUAUAAAGAAAUGAUUUGUCAAGUCCAGGCCCCUGUCCAUCUUAACAUUAGUGCCUGACUUCACUGAGCCUUUUUACAUGCACAGCACUAUACUCAUAACUACCAAAAAUCAGUUUAUUAAAAAAAAUGGGUUAUGCUCUCCUUUUGAUGUCAAAAUAGCCAUUCGCACAACAUUUGUGUACAUUGGAUAAGCCGGUGAAAACGUUGAUAAAGGUGUUUAAAAGCAAUGCUGUAUCGGUGUAAUGGGCAAAAAUCUGUUUUGAUCGGUGUAUGCUAAAACAGCUUUCCUUUAGGGGGUAAGGCCAAAACCACACACGUUAUCAGCUUAUGCAAGAACAUGCAUGUACAGUAAAUGUGGCCAUUGAUGUUCUUGUAUCUGAAUGGGAGAAAAUUCCUGCAGACAUGUUCCAACGUCUAUUUGAAAACUUUCCUAAAGGAGUAGAACCUGUUAAAGAAGAGAGAAUCAACUCAAAUUAAUGCAGAUGGUAUUGAAAUGAAAUGUUCAACAAACAGGUAUAGAUGUGGUGUUCUAUAUAGUGGCCAGAUAGUGUAUCGCUUUAAAAUAUACUCCCGGACUCAAGAAACUUUUUAGCAAAUAUGUAUUACUAUGUCAUCUAUUUUAUGUUUAGACAAUGUAAAGAAAUAAAAGGGUAUAUAUACUGUAGAGUCUCCUGUAACAUUUUAAAAGUGAAUAAAUUACUUUUCUAUAAAAAUUGUUUCUGAAAAUCUCAGACUAUAGCUGACAUAAAGAAUAAUAUACAAUAUGAUAAUAUGUUAACAAAGAAUGUUAUUUAGAAAAGUUAAUUUUACAUAUUUUGUAAUUUGGAUACACUAUAAUUGAAUAAAUAAACUUUGUAACAAACUUUUCAUGUUUCA